GCACUUAAGCACAUCGAUCCCACCACUCACACAUUAUUGUUCAUAGACCUCUCCAUCGUCAUGGAUAAACUCUGCUUUAACUCCAUCUGCACCGUUGUCUUAAUCUCUCUUAUCACCGUGCCAAACCGUGUUCAUGGCAUCGGCGUCUGCUACGGUCGGGACGGCAACAACCUCCCUUCGCCCUCUGACGUCGUCGCCCUCUACCGCUCCAACGGCAUCUCCAAUAUGCGCAUCUACUCGCCCGCCCAAGAUGCCCUCCAAGCGCUCUCCGGGUCCAACAUCCAGCUCAUCGUCGGGGUCCCCAACGACAACGUCCAAUCCAUCGCCUCCGAUCCCUCCGCUGCCGCCUCCUGGGUCCAGAGCAACAUCGUCGCCUUCCCCGGCGUCGCCUUCAGCUACGUCGCCGUCGGCAACGAGCUCAUCCCUGAGAACCUGGGCCUGGCCCAGUUCGUCCUCCCGGCCAUGCAAAACAUCCAGAACGCCAUCAAUGCCGCCGGGCUCCAGAGCAGCAUCCGCGUUUCCACAGCCGUCUCCGCCGCCGUCCUUUCCCAGGCGUCCCCUCCCUCUCAAGGCGCGUUCGGGCCGGACUCUAUGCGUGCGAUAGUGCAGUUCUUGGACUCGAAUGGAGCUCCUCUGCUCUUCAACGUGUAUCCCUACAUCAGCUACAGGGACAACACCGCUCAGAUCUUGCUGGACUACGCUCUGUUCCGGUCUAGCGGAGUGGUGGUGCAGGACGGCCAGUUCGGGUACCAAAACCUCUUCGACGCGAUAGUCGACGCCGCCUACGCGGCGCUGGAGAAGGUCGGGGGAUCGAACGUGAGGAUCGUGGUGUCGGAGAGCGGGUGGCCGUCGGCGGGGGGCUUUGCUGCGUCUACCGACAACGCCAGAACUUAUAACCAGAAUUUGAUCCGACACGUCGGCCAGGGAACGCCGAGGAGGUCUGGAAACGCAAUCGAGACGUACAUAUUCGCCAUGUUCAACGAGAAUCAGAAGCGCGGGGACGAAAUCGAGAGGAAUUUUGGCCUGUUUCGUCCCGACAGGCAGCCGGUUUACCCUAUUUCAUUUAACUGAAAAAAUAGCAUACGCCGAUAUGAAAUAAGCAUUAGGAUUCGAUGCGAUAUGAUUCAUGUAUUAAAGUAUGGAAAUUAAAGGAUGGAAUAAAUGGCUUAAAGUAUGGAAAUUAAAUUAAAGCAUUAGGAUUCAUGUAUUAAUCCUGGUCCACUGCAAAUUAAAGUAUGGAAUAAAUGGCUGCUGCUGGUGCAUCAAUA